UUGAGCACUCAGUCUUGGCUGGUCCGUGAAGGGUGAAGGUGUGUGUGCCUGUGUGUGUGUGUGUUUGUCGCUGCCGAGGACUGAGUGAGUGUGAGUGCCAAGCUGGAGUGAGAGUCGGGUGCAAGGGAGUGACGAAGAGAGAGAAGGAGAGGCGGGACUUAUAAGAUGGGCGACCACAAGCCCUCCACGACGUUCCUCCUCCUGCUGGUGGCGGCGACGGCAGCGGCGACGACAAACAGAGUGCCACACUCGGUCGAAUGCACGAACCGGGCCAUGGUGGUGCGGGUACCGGCGGAGGGCGUGACGGCGGUGGAACUAGACAAGUGGGGCGCCCUGCCUGGCUGCGGCGCCCUCAGGAGCCCCACGCACUUCACCCUCACCCUCGCCCUGGAUGAGAAACUCGCCUGCGGCACCACCAGGGUCAGGAACAAGCUCACGGGUGAGAUGAUGUACUACCACCGCGUCGCCGUCACCCGGGCCUCCGAGCGUCAGGUGCUGCUGGUAAAAUGCAACCUCGCCCCGAACACCGACCACUCCAACAGCAUCGUCAAGAGAGACCUGCCCCCGGAGUUUGUGGAGCCAGACUACAUCGAGAUCACGUCCGAGGUGUCAGGAACGGCGCCCAUCCCUAUCCUCGGCGUCGGGGUGCGGCAGAAUGGGCAGCUGGUGGGCGGGCAGAUCAACGUCCGCCCGGGCACCCCUCUCACCAUGGAGGUGUUCCUGGACGACACCUCCGCGGACAUCUACGGCAUUCUGAUGAGCUACAUGGAGGUGACGGACACGGCCAACAAGCGGGAGACCAUGAUAUACAACGGGUGUUCCGUGGACCCGAUGCUCUUCGACAACUUCGUCACGACCACCGGCGACUACGUGUCCGCCAAGUUCCGCGCCUUCAAGUUCCCAGAGACCAACUACGUCCUGUUCCGUGGCACCGUGGACGUGUGCCUUGAUAAGUGCCAGGGGAUCGCGUGCAGCAACGGCCAGCUUGGUUUCGGGCGGCGGCGGCGCGGUAUCGACGACCAGGCGGCGGACCCCAACAAGAUCUUCGAAGUGACGAUGAUGACGUUCCUGAAGGUGGACGAGACGCUCAACGGUACCAAGACGGAGGAGAAGCGGCUGGCGGAGGAGGUGGAGAACCAUGUGGCGGCGGACAUGAAGGCGAUGGAGAGGGCGCUGCAGGAGGUGGCGGAGGAGAGUGUGAGGGAGGCCGCGGCGGUGGAGAAGGCGCUGAAGGAGGAGGCCGAUAUUGCAACGCCCUUUGGAAGACCCGCCAUUGUCUCCGCCGCAGGGACAGGUCGAGGGUCCUUUCGCGCUAGUGAAGGUGAGGAGCCCGUCUACAUCUACUACAACAGCGCCGUGACGCCCGCCCAGAGUCCAUUCCUCGUGGCCCUCACUGCUGCCGCUGCUGCCCUGCUCCUCGCCCCCCGCAGACACUGAUCCGCUGACCUGCAGGAGGAACUGAGUCUUUUUCUGUUCCUUUUUCCGGUGUAUACAAGAGCAGCUUCGUCUUUUUGUUCUCUUUCUUUUUUACGCUAACCAGCAGGAAGACCUCUGAUUCGUGCCCUUUUUCUUCUCUACUUGUUACGCUGCAGGAAGGUUUUGAUUUAUUCUUUUUUCUAUUUCCUUUCCGCUGACUUGAGGAGGAACUGAGUCUUUUUCUGUUCCUUUUUCCGGUGUAUACAAGAGCAGCUUUUUCUUCUUUACUUGUUACGCUGCAGGAAAGUUUUGAUUUUUUCUUUUUCUAUUUUCUUUCCGCUGACUUGAGGAGAAACUGAGUCUUUUCCUGUUCCUUUUUCCGGUGUAUACAAGAGCAGCUUUUUCUUCUUUACUUGUUACGUUGCAGGAAAGUUUUGAUUUUUUCUUUUUCUAUUUUCUUUCCGCUGACUUGAGGAGGAAUUGAAUCUUUUCCCCGCCCUUGGUUUCGGUAUAUACAGGAAAAAACUUCAACUUUCCUUUUCACUUUGCAGCAGGAUGGCCUCAGAUCUGUUCCCUUUUCUUCUUUGUUUAUUAUACUGCAAGAAGGUUCUGAAUCAUUUCCUUUCCACAUCCUUUUUGUGAAUCCUUCCUUACCUUGAUGACGACUAACGAAACACCCCUGUGGUCCACUACGGCGAGGUUUUCGUUUCAUACACAAGGCAAAUCAUCUCUUUCUCGGAUUGGUUUUCGAUACCUAAGUACAUGAGCUGUCUUGAAGGAGUGUCCAACAGGUGUGCUCUCAGUCUCUCCUCCCCACCUGGACUUGAGGCUGGUGCUGUCACUUCAUCGUUGUUUCGUUGCUUCCCGCCGCCCUUGCCUUGGUAGUGGACGACUCUUGCUCCGAUACACGAGUCGUCACUGAGUCUCCAUCGUGCAGCUUCCCACGACACUCCUGAGGAACCUCCCGCCCUUGGCCUUCCUUUCCUUGCCUCUGGCCAUGCUCUCCUUACUCCCAGCCCUCCAGCCUUCCUCCGGCCUCCCGUUCCUGCUCCUGGUCCUCUGCCCUUCACCCCCGGCCCUCGUACCCUCGCCAGGCCCGCACGCCCUCGCUGCUUGGCUUGGCUCCUUGGUUUUUGCAUUUCGUGGCCGUCCUUCACCGAGGGACGGAAGGGCUGCCUCCCUCGGGCAGGCCGCGCCAUUCUGAUAUUGAUCGAGCUUUAACGUCCUUGUUAUGAACCACUGGCAUUUCCAUCGUAAGUUAAGUUAGUCCCGGUAACUCUCCUCGCCCCGUCCCUCCUCCCGACGGCUGCUCGGCUCAACGACAAACUUUUCCCAGCCUUUUCAGCUUCAGUUUCAUGUUUCCAUUUGAGUGCCACAGUAGUUUAUGUAAUAAAUGGACUUUGUUUGUGUCAUAGUUUUACAGGUGCAAUGAACCUCAACACCAGUUUUGUUCACCCAGAAUGCAUUAUGGAACCCCAAACAUGUCCCCCGAACAGACCACAACGCAGCAGCCGCUGCAGACGUUAACACGGAGGCCGUGCGGCGCCCAGCGUGCGGCGUGCGGCGUGUUGUCCGUCGCGGCACGCAGCCCUGGGCGGCCGCCGCCUCCCGUCGCAGCUCCCAAAGCCGACCUUCCGUCAGUGUGUUGUUUUAACAGUUAGGGUAACGUGACUGUGGUGGUGGGAGGACACAGCCGCCCUGUGUCCCGCCUGUGUGUUGCCUCUGCUCCUAAUGUCUGCCGCUGCCACGCCGCCGCCGCCGCCUCUGCAGCACGCGUGUCGCCGCUGCAGGGCGCGGCCGUAUAUGGGCGGCGGCGUGGCCCGGACUUGUCAGUGGCACGGCCAGUUGCCAGUCAGAGAGUAGUGCCGCAAACUGGCCCUGCCACGCAAGUCUCCCGUGCCGGCCGCGGCCCGUAACAGCAACUAACAAAGUGCUUGUACAGCUGUACAGUAGAUUAUGUCCCGUAACAACCUAAUGUAAAAUAAACUGUGAUAGUUUCA